AUGCGCCCCAAGGCACGUGAGAGUUUAUUGUUUGAUAGAUUCCCAGACACUGAGAGAAUCGCGAACGAAAGAACUGGCGCGAUUUGUCACGUGACGCUCACCCUUUCACAAUUGAACUUUGAAAAUAAAAAGUUUGUCGGCGUGUAAAAACUUGUUUGGAUCAGUCUAGGUAAAAAAAAAACUUUUUUUCAACCAGGAUUGAACGGGAUAAGUUCUUCGAAGGUUAGUUUCGGCUAUCAUUUUUUGUUAAAAUAGUAUAUAAAAAUUACUGCAAAUUAAGUGGAUAAACGAACAAAACUUGAUGAAAAAAUAAAAUAAAAAGUAAAAUAGGAAAAAGAAAUAAUAUAAAAAAUAUGCCGUUUGUCUUGCGCUCCACUGUAACUGCCAAUUGCGGCACGGAAUCUCCGCGUCCCAAAUUCAUGUGGUCCGCUUCAUUUUUUAAUCCCUUUUUGUUUCAACUUUCUUUUAAGUAAUAUUACUUCCUAAUCAUGGCUAUAGUUUUGUCGAUAGUGAUGUGGAUGUUAUUAUGUUUGCGGGAAAGUAUCGUUGUGAAUAUUUUCGGCUCAUUCUCUCUAGCCACUUCAUUUGUGAUUAUUGUAAUGUUUAACCUUAAUUACCGCUUAAAAAAUCUGUAUCUAACCUAAUCCUGUGGGAAGUCAGUGGCAAAAGCUGGGUUAUUUCAAUUCAUCUUUAUGUCAAGUUUUUAUUUUUGAAGAGAGUGACGUAAUCGUGAUCGCUUAUUGCUCUUUUCGAUUAAAGAGGUUUGAUAUCGUCAUUUCUCUACAUCUUUUCUUUAGAUUGUUGUUUCAGAAAGGCGACUUCAAAUUCAAAGUAUUUCAGUUGCUCCAAAGAUUGUCAUAUCCGAAAAAAAAAGAAAGAUGUGAAUUUGAAGUUUCUAUAACUUAAUAACUUUAUCGAAAAAUCUGAUCUCAAACAAUAGUGGAAAAUAUAUUCCACUGGUUUUUGUGUGUGUGUGUUUUUCAAAUGCUUUUCACGCUUCCUGUCGAAUAAAAAGGCGUCUAAAUACAAUUUUUCUAAUAAAUAAUUUUCAAGUUUUUUAGUGUUCAUCACGUCCAACAUGGCGAGCAUUGCUUUUAGUCGGCUACAACGGGAGUGCAAAGAGGUUAAUUCGCAACUUUGAAUUCAAAAAUAACUUUUCGGUUCAGGUUGUGACAAAUUCUGAAAUCGCAGAGACGGGAAUAAUGAUUGAGAUAUUGAAUGAGAGGCUAACAGAUAUUAAGGUAAUAAUUUCAAAGCGUGAAUGGAUAUAAAAAAAAAUUUCAGGGACAAAUUAGAGGGCCUCCGGACACGCCCUACGAGGGCGGCCUUUUCGAUCUCGAUAUUCACAUUCCUGAAAACUAUCCAUUCACACCGCCAAAAGUGAGUUUUAGUUUCAUUUUUAUUUUUAUAGAUUGAUUUUGAAGAUAAAAUUCACGACGAAAAUAUGGCAUCCAAAUGUUAGUUCACAAACCGGCACCAUAUGUCUGGAUAUACUCAAAGAUCAAUGGUAGGUUUCUAUGAAGUCAAUUCUUCUCGGUUUGAAAGACGACAGGGGUAGACUGGAAAUAGUGAUGCGUUGUGUGUGCGCAGAAAAGUUUCUGUACUUACUUUUUCUCCAAUAUUGCUUUACAACCGACCCAUUUCGUCUUUCAAGUCUCGAAAAAUUGGCUUCAUGGUAAAAAGUUUCAAUAGAUUUUUGUUUGAAGGGCAGCCUCCCUGACACUGAGAACGGUUCUCCUCUCGAUUCAAGCUUUGAUGUGCACUCCUGAGCCGAAAGAUCCUCAAGACGCGGUCGUCGCUCGCCAGUACAUAGAUAGUCAUACGCUCUUCAAGGUAUGAGAAAAUUAUAUUUCUUAGGUUGCGUUUUUGUUCUUUAUUGAGAAUUUUUAUAAAGGCCUGAGUCAGAGGGAAGAAAACUUAGAACUUCAAAGCGUUCAAAAUAGUAAAAAAAUACAUAUUCUUUCCACCCGUUUCUAACGCUCGAGCGGCCCAAAGCCGAUGAGACAAUGUCCUAUCCUGAUAUCAGUGAUAAUUAGCGGACUGGCUUCGCUGACAUUUACGUGUGACGGCUGCGGAUUAUAAAGCCGUGGUUUUAUUUUCCACUAGCUACAUUUCUCAAACCCUUUGGUCGCGGCGGGGAUCGAACUUGACCCUUUUGACCCUAGAGAUGCAGAAAACCUGUUGCGUUAUAUGUAAUAGGAAUUUUGAAGUUUGAUUUUCGACUAGUGUGAAGAAGUUAUGUAAAAGCCGAAAAAGUCAAAUGUUGCUGAAUAAUUAUUAUCUUUCUUGCCAGUUUCAAAAUUUGAAAUAAAAAUAAACGAUAUUUCAAAUGAAAGCAUUAUUUUUCAACGUUUUUCGAGAAAUUUGCUGGCUGAAUAACUGAUUUUUGAAUUACCUAAAAUAAUUUCUUCUGAAGAGUUUUUAUGAAUUUCUUCUAUGCUCCUUUAAGUCAACAAUUUUUAGACUAACUGUACAAAAAAACUUCUGUGCGGUUUGUGGAAGCACAUCGAGGAGCCUUGAGAAGAUAUUUGAAAAAUUAGCUCAAAAGAGAUUUUACCAAUUUUUUUGCUUUGUGCGCUUUUUUUCCAUUUUUUUGAGUCCUUCCUUGUAUUCUUUUUUUCAGGAAAUGUUAAAAAGUAUUUGAAAGUUUGUGAUGAAUUUGAAUAUUUCGUGAAAAAAACGAAUUUGAACUGUCAAGUAUUCCAUUUUCGAUGAAAUAAAAAGUUAGUGCGAAUGUUCAUUUUUGGAAUGAAAGUGAAAAAUUGAAGUGACUUUCUACAUCUAAUGCUAUUCAAGCUUAUUUUUAAAUAGAAACACCAAAUUUCUGACUCUUUUAUUUUUGAUUCUUUUUAUUCGGUUCAGUUUCGUAGUCCAUAAUUUCUCGAUAUUUUACCGUUUCAAAAUAUGAAAAUUUUCAGUCGACGGCUGAGUACUGGACUGUCAAGUUCGCGAAAGGAAAGGGACCCGAAAACGCCGAUUACAAAAGCAAAGUCGACAAAAUCAGGGAUAUGGGAAUCCGCGAGGUUUUUUUCGCCUUUUAUGCCAUACUGAGUCAUUUUAUUUGCUCAGGAAGAAGCGAUCGCCGUUCUGAGCUGCAAUAACUGGGACCUUUCCAAGGCCACGGAAUACAUCUUCAACUAG